GACCUUUCAGGACAGCCGUGACCCAAAAUGGCGUCCGUGUUGCAGAAAUGUUCCGUCCUCUGCCGUUCUCUGCCUGCUAGCGCAGCGGUCAAGGCCUUCAGCCGGUCUGCAGCACCAUGUGGGCUCCAGACUAGAGACUUGCACAGCGGAGCAGCUGCCUAUUCUCAACAGCUUGCUACAGUUGGUGCAUCGUCCCAGUAUGGGGGUCGCUACACCGUCACCAUGAUCCCAGGAGACGGCAUUGGGCCUGAGCUGAUGGGACAUGUCAAGGACAUCUUCAGGUAUGCAGGAGUGCCUGUGGACUUUGAGGAGGUCCAGAUCACGUCUCAGGAGGGAGAUGAGGAGGCCAUAGAGAACGCCAUUACUGCCAUCAAACGGAACGGUGUGGCUCUGAAGGGUAACAUUGAAACGCCACAUGACAUGCCCCUCAGCGCGUUCAAAUCCAGGAAUGUGGAAGUCAGAGUGAGGUUGGACCUGUUUGCCAACGUGCUGAGGUGUAAAACCUUCCCUGGACUUCCUUCAAGACAUGGUGACAUUGACAUUGUGAUUAUCAGGGAGAAUACUGAGGGAGAAUACACCAGUCUGGAGCAUGAGAACGUGCCAGGCGUUGUGGAGAGUUUGAAGAUCGUCACAGCCAAGAACUCAGAGAGGAUCGCCAGAUACGCGUUUGAGUACGCCCAGAGACACGGCAGGAAGAAGGUGACAGCAGUUCACAAGGCUAACAUCAUGAAAAUGGGGGAUGGUUUGUUCCUGGAGUGCUGCAGGAAGAUGUCAGAAGAGUACCCCAACAUCGAGUAUGAGUCCAUGAUCAUUGACAACUGCAGCAUGCAGAUGGUGUCUCGCCCUCAGCAGUUUGAUGUGAUGGUGAUGCCCAACUUGUACGGGAACAUCAUCAGUAACAUCGGCGCAGGGCUGGUGGGCGGGCCGGGGCUCGUGCCGGGAGAGAACAUCGGGGAGGACUACGCCGUGUUCGAAACAGCCACCAGGAACACAGGGAAGUCCAUUGCAGGGCAGAAUGUUGCCAACCCGACCGCCAUGUUGUUGGCAAGUUCACUCAUGCUGGAACACCUCGGAUUGAACAUGUAUGCCAGCCUGAUAGAGAAUGCUGUGUACAAGGCUCUUGCAGACAAUAAGAUCCGUACCCCAGACCUGGGCGGUCAGCACUCUACCAUGGACAUGGUGCAGACUGUGGUGAAGGAGGUGGAGGCUCAGGCAGCCAACAUCUGAACAUCACAGGCAUUAUUCUUUCAAGGACCUGACGUUUAUAUACACAUCAAGUGCAGUAACUUAUUCCACCUUUACUCUACUAAAAGAAGUUCUUAAUAUUCACAAUGUAAGACAGGAUGCUGUGUUCAUCAGUGUAGAAAUGUUUUCCAAGAAGUUGUGACAGUGAAAAUGUAGUGCCUUUUGAAAUGGGACUGUUGAGUACAGCAGACUUACUGUUAUACCAUUGUUUAGUAAAUUUUACAUAUAUAUGUGCAAUUGUACAUUGUAUAUUUGUGUAAGAAGAUUUAACAAGUCUCAUCAUCAAUGUUUUUGCAAGAAGUAGAGCCACACAGUGUUAAAUACUGUUGACUGAGACUUUCGUAUAAGGUUGUGGAGCCGGUUUUCAUAAAGCACAUGUAUUAUUAAAGUU